UGUCUGUUUCUCUGCUGUCAUUUUCUUUGUGCUGAUUAAGAUGGGCAACAGCAUUUGCUGCUGUUAUUGUAGAUAUUGCUUUGAAAUCUAUUUUUCUGCUGAGGACUCACAUUCAGAAGGAGAAACAACUUCUCUGCUACCACAGUUGAACAGUGGUUCUGUACCUCAAUUGGCUAAACCUGAUUAUGGCGUUUUUUUGGGUAACAAGCAUGAAGCAUUUCACCAGGACGUGUUUGCAAGUGACAUUUCCAUCUGGCCUCACAAAUCACAUAAAGAAGUGAAUAAGAAGCUUGAUUAUUGCAAGGAGAAUGAAAAGAUCUAUGGCUGUGAUAAGGUUUAUUCAAACAAUUGCCUUUGGAUGCACUCGCCUGAGGCCUUUCAUGUUCCUGGUGACCUUGAAUCGGACAAAGUGGGCAAGCCAGACUCUACUGCUUCACUUGUCACAUGUAUUAAACCCGAUGCCCAUGGUCUGAAUUUUUCUUCACAAGAGCAGAAGAAACAUGUGGAAGCAGCUGACAUUGUAGAUGCCUGUCCACAAGCAAAUGCAAGGACAUUGCAAAGACAAAUAACUUUAAACACCCAGGAUCAGUGUAACUACCUGGGGUCUUCACAUGAUGAGUUGAAAGUUACAAAUCUGGGGCAUGUCACUGAGUUUGACAAACAAAAUGCUAAUUUUGUAAUUUUGAAAUCUCAGUCAACAGGAUUUAACCCUUCGAUACCAAUAAAUGAAGCAAAUACAGACUCGGCCUUUAAGAAAUAUGAUGAUACUGAGAUGGAAAUAAGCUUAGAUCAUUCAACCGGCAUGACCUUGAUGAACGGCGAUGGAGCCCAUGAGCAUCAGGCUGAAGCAGAGCCAAAGCAGAAUGGACAUGAAAUGGGAGAUCAAACUGAGGAAGGAAAUGAGCAGGAGGUUAUUGUUAUCCAGGACACUGGUUUUACGGUGAAGGUUCAAGUCCCAGGAGUUGAGACUUUUUCUAUCCAAGUCUCUCCACAGGAGAUGGUGCAGGAGAUCCAUCAAGUUCUCAUGGAUCGAGAGGACACCUGCCACAGGACAUGUUUUUCCCUCCAGUUGGAUGGAAAUGUGCUGGACAACUUUGCAGAGCUAAAGACUAUAGAAGGUUUCCAGGAAGGCUCAGUUCUAAAAGUUGUGGAAGAGCCAUAUACUGUGCGGGAAGCCAGAAUCCAUGUCCGUCAUAUUCGAGACCUGUUGAAAAGUUUGGAUCCAUCAGAUGCUUUCAAUGGAGUAGACUGCAACUCCCUGUCAUUCUUAAGUGUCUUCACUGAUGGUGACCUUGGAGACAGUGGAAAAAAGAAAAAGAAAGGAAAUGAACUUGAGCAGAUUGAUUGCACCCCACCUGAGUACAUUUUGCCUGGCAGCAAGGAGAGACCACUAAGUCCACUCCAGCCUCAGAACAAAGACUGGAAGCCCUUGCAGUGUCUGAAAGUCUUCACCAUGAGUGGCUGGAAUCCACCUCCUGGCAACAGAAAAAUGCACGGGGACCUCAUGUAUCUUUAUGUGAUAACCAUGGAGGACCGGCACGUCAGCAUUACUGCAUCCACAAGAGGAUUCUACCUCAACCAAUCAACAGCAUACAACUUUAACCCCAAGCCAGCCAAUCCCAGUUUCCUCAGCCACUCCCUUGUAGAACUGCUGAAUCAGGUCAGCCCAACUUUCAAGAAGAAUUUUGCCGCCCUUCAGAAAAAAAGGGUUCAGCGCCAUCCAUUUGAGAGGAUUGCCACCCCUUUCCAGCUGUACAGUUGGACUGCACCCCAGGUGGAACAUGCCAUGGAUUGUGUUAGAGCAGAAGAUGCAUACACAUCCCGCCUUGGAUAUGAAGAGCACAUUCCUGGCCAGACAAGAGACUGGAAUGAAGAGCUGCAGACCACAAGGGAAUUAACUCGCAAAAACUUACCAGAAAGGUUGCUGCGCGAGAGAGCUAUUUUUAAGGUCCACAGUGACUUUACAGCAGCUGCUACAAGAGGUGCCAUGGCAGUUAUUGAUGGAAAUGUCAUGGCAAUCAAUCCCAGUGAGGAGACAAAGAUGCAAAUGUUUAUAUGGAACAAUAUCUUCUUCAGCUUGGGAUUUGAUGUCCGAGAUCACUACAAGGAUUUUGGUGGGGACAGUGCUGCCUAUGUAUCACCUACAAAUGAUCUAAAUGGGGUACGGGCAUAUAAUGCAGUUGAUGUGGAAGGACUAUAUACUUUGGGGACAGUGGUUGUGGAUUACCGAGGUUACAGGGUCACUGCUCAGUCCAUUAUUCCUGGGAUACUGGAGCGAGAGCAAGAGCAGAGUGUCAUUUAUGGGUCCAUAGACUUUGGUAAGACAGUAGUGUCCCAUCCAAAGUAUUUGGAAUUGCUUGAGAAGACAAGUCGUCCCCUGAAGAUACAGAAACACACAGUACUGAAUGACAAAGAUGAGGAAGUGGAGCUUUGCUCCUCUGUGGAGUGUAAGGGUAUCAUUGGAAAUGACGGGCGUCAUUACAUUUUGGAUCUGCUGCGCACCUUCCCCCCUGACCUUAAUUUCCUACCAGUUGAAGGUGAGACUAUGCCAGAGGAAUGUACAAAAAUGGGAUUUCCUAAAGAGCACAGGCACAAGCUAUGUUGUCUACGUCAGGAGCUGGUGGAUGCUUUUGUGGAGCACAGGUAUCUCCUAUUCAUGAAGUUGGCUGCCAUGCAUCUAAUGCAGCAAAAAGCCUCCAUAAAGGAUGUACUGGGAACUGAGGCUUCCACUGCCUCUGAGCAGCUGGAAGGAAACGGUCCAUCUGAAGAAAAGGAAGACCUGGAUCUGGAUGGAGAGGCUCAGCUAAAGCAGCUGGAAGAGACCAUGGCAGCCCACAAAGAAACAGUGGAUACCAGAAGCAAAGAGGUGAUUCUGAAGGCUUGCCAGGCAGUUGGCUCCAUCAGCAACACAUCUUUUGACAUCCGAUUCAACCCAGACAUCUUUUCACCAGGUGUGCGUUUCCCAAAUGAGUCUCAGGAAGAAGUGCAGAAUCAGAAGCAGCUGCUGAAGGAUGCAGCAGCCUUUGUCUUAACAUGCCAGAUACCUUGUUUGAUCAAAGACUGCCUUGACCACAGUGUUGUGCCAAUGGAUGGAACCACCUUGGCUGAAGCAAUGCACCAAAGAGGCAUAAACAUGCGCUACUUGGGGAAGGUUAUUGAUGUUGUCAGGAAGUUCCCUGUUCCAUCACAGCUGGACCACAUCUAUAAAAUUUUAAUCAGUGAAGUGAUUACCAGAUCUGCAAAGCACAUCUUCAAAACAUACCUACAGGGUGUGGAACUUUCUGCCUUAUCUGCAGCCAUCAGCCACUUUCUGAACUGCUUCCUUAGCUCUUUCCCAAACUCAGUGGCCCAUCUUCAGUCUGAUGAGCUGGUCUCCAAGAAGAAGAGCAAGAAGCGAAGGAACCGAAACUUGGGAAAUACUGACAAUACAGCUUGGGCCAACACCUCCCCCCAGGAGCUUUGGAAAAACAUCUGUUCAGAGGCCAAAAGCUACUUUGAUUUUAAUUUAGAAUGUGAAAAUGUGGACCAGGCCAUGGAGGUGUACAACCUGCAAAAAAUCAGCCUACUGAGAGAAAUAUGUAUCAAAGUUGGAAUUCAGAUUCUAUUGAAAGAAUACAAUUUUGAUAGCAAACACAAGCCUACCUUCACUGAAGAAGAUAUACUGAAUAUUUUCCCUGUGGUGAAACAUGUAAACCCUAAAGCAACCGAUGCCUUCCAUUUCUUCCAGAGUGGCCAAGCAAAAGUACAACAGGGUUACCUAAAAGAAGGAUGUGAAUUAAUCAAUGAAGCCUUAAACCUGUUUAACAAUGUAUAUGGUGCUAUGCACGUGGAAAUCUGUGCAUGUCUACGCCUGCUUGCCCGACUUAACUACAUCAUGGGUGAUUAUUCUGAGGCCUUAAGCAAUCAGCAGAAAGCAGUAUUAAUGAGUGAGAGGAUUCAGGGUGUUGAGCAUCCCAGCACUGUCCAAGAAUAUAUGCAUUUAGCCCUGUACUGCUUUGCAAACAAUCAGGUCUCUACAUCCUUAAACCUGUUGUACCGGGCGCGCUAUCUCAUGCUUUUAGUGUAUGGCGAGGGGCAUCCAGAGAUGGCGCUGCUAGAUAGCAACAUUGGUUUGGUGCUGCAUGGAGUCAUGGAAUAUGACCUCUCACUACGGUUCCUUGAGAAUGCUCUCACUAUCAAUUCAAAGUACCAUGGAGUCAAGUCAUUAAAGGUGGCACUCAGUCAUCAUCUUGUUGCUCGAGUGUAUGAAACCAAGGGAGAAUUCCGCUCCGCCUUACAGCAUGAAAAAGAUGGAUACACUAUAUACAAAAACCAGCUUGGGGAGCAACAUGAAAAGACCAGAGAAAGCUCAGAGUAUUUGAAGUACUUGACCCAACAGGCAGUGGCCCUGCAGCGCACAAUGAAUGAGAUAUACAAGAAUGGCUCCAAUGCCAACAUCAUGCCUCUCAAGUUCACAGCUCCCAGCAUGACCAGUGUACUGGAACAACUGAAUAUUAUUAAUGGAAUUCUCUUUAUCCCACUCAGCCAAAAAGACCUGGAACAUCUAAAGGCCGAAGUUCAACGUCGCCAGCAACUUCAAGAAGCAAUCAAAGGUGCUGAAAAUCACGAGGCAAAGACUAAAGAACCAGAAAUGUCCGAAACAUCAGACUCCAAUAUAAAUGCAGCCUCCGUGGCACCAGAGAGCUCUGAUUAGAUCCUUCCUUCCCUGCCUUUUUAUUUCCAUCGUUUAAAAACAAAAAAAAACAAAAAAACACACAAAAAGACAUUCAGCCUCAAUGGGUUUUUAUCAAAGAGUGACAAUAUAAUUGCACGGGUUCUGAUAUCAAUAAUACACAUUGCAAAUAAAUCACCAGUGUAACAUGUCUGACCCUGUGUGUGCACCACUGAAACAUAUCUGUUUCCAAAUGGCGGCAGCACAUGUAGAAAGUAAAGAGCCCAGGCUGACGCUGGCAUUCUCUGUGUGCGUGUAGAUGAGCGUGUGAUGGAAGAUGACAUUAUUAUUGCGUUUGUACAUUUUAAAGAACGAUUGGGCUGGGCUGCCUCUUGUUGACUGAACAUUUCUCAGGUCAUUUUCCCCACAGACUAGAACUCUCUCUCCCUGGCUGAGCUUUGAUUUGGGAUGUGUUUCUAGGGAAGGCAAAGUGUCUGACCCUUACAAUACAAAGCCAUACAGAGACUGUGAAUGAACGCAGUAUGUGCACCAGGGCCAAUCAUGGAUUCAGGCACGGAUCGAGCGCACUGUCAUUGGCACUCUACAAACGAUGGGAAGUCACAUUCUUAAAAGAGCAGUUUAUUUUUCCUUUUUUUUUUUUUUUUUUUUUUUUAUGACCGGUUUUAUUUAGCUGCUUUUUUAUGUAUGGAUAUAAGAAAUGUGUGACAAAGUAUGUAUGUUUGGAUUCUUUCUCCUCUAAAGGUUUUUGUAGUGCUCUUUUCAGCUGUCUCUUUUCCAUCCUCUCUCAUUCUCAGCUUCAUGUGUUCCUAACCCUAUGUAAUGAUUCAACUUUGCCUUAGGAAGCAAGAAUGUCCUUUGCGUUGGCCACAUAGCAUUAUAUUGUGUCAUAAUGCUGGAAAGGCCCAAGGGGGAAAUGCACUGUUGCAUAAAAAAAAAGUUGCAUCCAAUGAAGAUGUAUUGUGACAGUUCUGCCUAAUUGGUGGAUUUUACUUUUAACUAUUAUUCUUAAAUGCCUACUUACAGUGAAUUUUAUUUUGUAGACCUGUGAUAUUCUGGCUGUGGCCCCCCAUUUGUUACUGGUCCCUACAUCCAGCAUUCCAUAAGAGCCAAUGGCUGAGUUGUAUUUCUGCAACACCUGUGGUCUCACAAUUGGAGGACUGUCAGUCAGCAGGCCAUGAAGCCUAAUGGGUUCCUUUAUGAGCAUGGUGCCCUAUGCCUCUAUUUUUGUCUGAUUUAUUAUUCACUAAAGCAGCAUUUGAUUGUAAAGAUAAUAGUUCCAUGAUCAUUUGCCCUAACUUGAACAUAUCCAUCCUCUUAGCUAUGCUGUUGCUUUCUUGGCUAGAUUUACUAAAGGCUGUGAGGAAAGUAGGGAUGCACUGAAUCCAGGAUUUGGAUUUGGCCAAAAAAAUCACAUGACUUUUUCACGUAAACACAAGUUGAAAAUUUUUUUGCUGCACGUGAUAGCAUUUACCCCUUCAACAACCUAAUUAGCUUAUGCUAUGCGAAUUAGGGUUCGGAUUCAGUUCGGUAUUUGUCUGAAUCCUUUACAAAGGAUUUGGGGGUUCAGCAGAAUCCAAAAAGAGUGGAUUCGGUGCAUCCCUAGAGGAAAGUACCUUUUAGAACCAGUCAAUCAGUAUUCCAUGUGCAUGGGGUAAAGCUUUGUUAAGUUAGCAGCAACUGAACUGGGGACACUUUAGCAGUAGGCGGUUUGCUGGGUGGUAGGGUUCAGCUUGGUGUACAAGAUGGUUGGGAAAGUGUUCCUUGCUGUAUGAUAUGCAGCUCUGUUAGCCAGUGAGCACACAUGCGUAGCCACAGGAAGCUGUUAGCCAAAGAGUAACAGCUGAAGGACUGUGGAAUUUAACUGUAUGGUCUACAGAACAUUCAUAGUAUUAUUGCUAUAGUCUCCUUUGAUAUCUGAGAACAUUCAUUCUCAUUCCCUGCACUCUGCCAUAAAUUAUGGCUUAAAGAUGGAGCAUGUGUUUGUUUUUUUAUUUCUUUUUGAUCCUAUGUAUUUUCCCAAUGGCAAGAGAUCAAUACAAAUACAAUCCGUAUUGUCUGAUUGCUCAGAUGUAAAAAAAAAAAAAUGCUGACUACUGCCUUUAGCAAACUCAAACUCUAGCCCCCCGACUAUGCCGUCCUUUCAGAAAAUUUCUUUACCUCUUUUUCUACAUUGUAGUAGAGCUUCCAAACGUCCAUGCUUUGCAAGUGAAAGUCGUAGGCCUCUGGCUCCAUCCAGUGCACUUUGACUUGUGAUGUUGCUCUGCCAAGAACUCCCCUGAGAAAUGUCAAAUGGUUCUGCUCUGAUGGUUUCUGGGCGAAGCAACGUAACAAGACUUUCUCUUAUAUUAGCUUAAUCGUCUGCUGACUGUGUCUGGUAGCCUGAAGAGCACAGCCCUAAAAAAAAACUGCUAAUAUCUUGAGACAAAAAAUGUAAAUUAAAAAAUUGCAAAGGUCCUCGGAAGAGCAUUCUAUAGGUCCCUUUGGGCUUGGAUGCAGUUCAGCUCAACGCUACUAUAAAAAGUGCUACCUUCUGAUACCAGUGCUGCCCAUUAUGAUAGGGAAAUUCUAGUCUUUCCCUCCUUGACUUUCUUUCCACCUAGCAUUAAAGCCUAUCCUUCCUCCAAGACUAAAGCCUAUCUGGACAGCACUGUUAGCCUCUGUUUGGUACUCUGAUGCCCCUGUUGACUACUCUCAUGGAAGCAUACAUACAACUGACAUUUCAGAUGUAUUCAUGAUUUGUUUUCUUGCAGAAGAGGAAGCCCAGUUUUGCUUUGGGGGAUCUUUUUUACAUGAAUCAUAUUUCUUGUCAUUUAAUAACAGAAUCAUGUGAUAGAAUGCUAUGAUUCCGAUUAUGUAUGUUUAUUUUUUUGUGUGCAGCUUCCAAUCAGUUACUGAUAUUUCUACCUGCAAACUGUUCCAUUGCAAAACCUGUAAUGUUUGUGCGCUCACAAUGUCUAAUCGUGUUAAAAUGUGUGCUGAGGUCUCUAAAGAUGUUGAAAUGGAAAUUUACCCACAACGCAAAGCUUUGUAGGGUGCUGGCACAAAUGGUGCCAAAAUAAUUCAGUGAGCAGAUGUCCAGCUUUAAUAUAUCUGUUGUGGCAACUGCUAACCUGUUUCUGAUUCAUACAAAGCUGCUGUUCCUUGGCAAAUGUCACUUGAAGGCAUUGCCCAACACUUUACCAAGCCAUUGUAGGUAAAAUCACUGUCUCUUUAACAACUUGAGAUUUUAGCCUUUAAUAAAUUAAAGACAAUGCAACUGA